AUGGCGUCUGCAGAGGCACACAAAGUGCCCGUUUACUCUGUCAAUGAUCUUAAAUCAACAACAGAUGAUGCCCUAGCACCGCAUUUAACUACCCUACCCCAGCCCUACGCCUUUACUCAAGACCACACGAAGACCAACGUCCGCUUCCUUCUAGGCUAUUCCGCCGUCGCCAUUGCAGCAUUCACAUUCUAUGCCGAUCGCACGCUAGGAUGGGAGGCAACACAGUCAACAUGGGUCAUAGCGGCCGUGGUUUCGUACUUUGUCCUGAACACCUUGCUCACAUAUUGGAUCUGGGCCGUGGAGGCUGGUGAGGUAUUUCGUGGAAAGCGCAAGUCUGGUGAAACGAUUACCAUUCGCUCCUCCGGGAAGAAACACUCUCCGUUGUAUAAACUCCGUGUGCAGUAUACAUCUUCUGCGAACAAAGUCCUCGAGGAAAAGGAAAUAGAGACGUCUUUCACAACCUGGUUUUCUGCAGAUGGAACUUUUCACCCUGAGCCUCUUAAGAAGUGGCUAGCAAGCGAGAUCCAGGUCCUGCGGCUUGCUGCAAAGGAGAAAUGA